CUGGAUAUUUUGCGGAGUAAGUCGUAAUUGUGAUCCCAGCACACCAGAAAUUGUAAGAAAAGUUAUUGACAGUUCAUUGAAGGAGUAUUACUUUGCCAACAACCCUGUGUCAGACGGUUGGAACCAUUAUUCAACAAACAUUUCAAGAGAAGCCGCUGGAUAAGUAGUUUGAUUUAAAAUUAUGCCAUAUGGGAAACGUGUUGACCCUAAUCACGUAACGCGGGUACCCUUCAUGAGACUCGACAGUACGGGUGAAAUUUCGUCAGACAGUUCGUCCAGUGACACUAUGAUUGACCAUAGUUCUAGGAAGAGUGUUAAUAAUAAACAAUUGAUCAAUUGUAAGGGAGUUGACCUCAGGAACAUGUUUAAUAGAAAGUACACGAACUUAGGUGCUUACAGGAAUAACUUGACUGCUGAGGACAGCCAUAAUUCAUGUAAAAUAUUGAAGGAUAUUGUAAACAAAACAAUUAUAGACAAGUCAAAACCAAUAAUGACUGAAUCAAAAGGAAAAUCUUAUUGUCCGCUCACAUGCCAGAGCAGUAUGAUUUGGAACAACAAGCCAAUGUUCCAUCCUGCUGUAGUGGCAUCAACGUUUGGGAUAACAGCACCAUCAAGUACAACAUCGGAAAGAUCAUACAUUCCAAAAAUGACUUAUUGUAAUUUGAAUCGGUGCUAUAAAAAUAAAUUUAAGCAAAAUUAUUUAACAAAGAUUUCUUGCAGUUCUGCUGGUGCUUCAGGAAAUUUCAAUCAGACAAAACAUUCCAGAAAAAACUGUGAUAAAGACAGAACUGUAAACGAGGAAAAAACUAAUAAAAAAGAGUCUGUUUUAACAUGUUCAUAUGCUACUUCUAGUCCAGAUACGAAAAGUGUGCAAUCAAAUCCACAGCAUUGUGAUGAAGAAAAAUGUGAUAAGAAAAAUGACAGCAAAAAAUAUAUUUUGGAGCAACCCAUAGAAGGGGGAAAAAGCAACCGAUUGGAGCAACAAAUAAAGGACAGCGAAGAAAAUUGUGAACUAUUAGAGAACAGUGGUGAAGUUGUAAACAGUUGGUUAGAUUUAUGUACAGAUGAUGAAUGUGAAGAACUGAAGACUCAGGUUGUACCUGAUUCAAGGGAUUACGAAGAAGGGCAAAAUGCCAAAAAUAUAACAUGUGCAGAGAAGUCCAAUAUUGACAAAAUUGGAGGCACUGAAAAGAAUGACAAAAGCUUCAGUUUCAGGAAUCAGAUUCGUGACUCCGAUGGAAAGCCUUCACAGUUUCAAAUUCAUAUCAAUGCAAUUAACUCUCAACAAUCUUCUAGUAGUGAAACGGAUAAAAAUAGUGAAGAAAAUUCAUUAGAAGAUAAAUCUUUUAUACUGUUUAUUAGGAAAGAAAAUAAAAAAUGUAGACCCUCAGCUAAAAAGCGACGUAGAUCCAAAGCUAAGAAGGAGGAUGCUACAGAGGAGACAACUGAGUCGGAAGAUUCUUUCCGAAAGUGCCAAAAUCCAGCUGUUGCUUUCAUGUUAGGUUUUAGUCCAGACAAUGACACUAGUGAACCGCAAAAUCAAUCUUCACAUUCUUUUUUUAUGACAUUUGAAGAUGAUGAAGACUUUAGUGAUUGGUCAGAUGAUGAAGAUGAUGAUCAAAAUGAUGGAAACUGUAUAGGUUCAGAUUUACUUGCCUCUGGAUUUAGCAUGCCUUUAAAUUUGAAUGUUAUUUGCUCUGUGAAACAACCAGAAACAGAUGAGCAUUCCAAAAAGUUAAAAGACAUAAAUCUUGCGUGGGAGGUUCAGAUUAGUAGACAUCCUCAAUCAGCCAAUAAUGAUGAUAGAAAAAAAUCUACGAAAAAGGAUAAAAAGGUACACUUUCCAGAGGAUGCAAAGAUUGCCAAAGUACACCACAUGAUUACUUGGGCACACGCAUAUCAGGCAGCAAGAAAAGGCCAUUGGCGAGAAGUUGUACUUGAUCAUGAACGUUUUCAAAGACGCAUAGAUGAAACAGAAAAAAUUCUUACUCCAGUAUUAUUAACAGAACAUAGAAACAAAAUGUUCAAAUUACUAUCAGAAUCUUAGAUGAAAACAAAAACUAAAUAUGUUAUAGAUAUGUUGAAAUAGGAGGUAAAAAUGAAAAAUCUGAAUAAUGGUAUUAAUACAGGUAGCCUGAAAAGAUGGAUUCGGUUUGUUUUACAAAUUUUGUUUACAGUCCCAAUUAUCCAUUCUAAAAAUUUAAACUCUAAAAUGGUUUUAAAAUGUUUUUUAGGCAAUUAGUUUCAAAUUUUAGUUGUGAUACUUUUUUCGAGAUAUUAUACAUGUAAAUGACUUGAUAUUAAAAUAUUUGUAUUUUUUAUGAUUUAUAAGACAUUAAGACUUUGCAGUUGAAAGUGAUAUACCUCAAGAAUACAGGAACAAUUUCAAUAUACAUGUUCUGCUAUUUCCUACUGUCAUGACUGUUUAUUACUAUUUACGACUGGAAUAAUUCCCAAACAUUACUGUUUAAAGGUGAAAUUUAAACUUAAUGCAGAGUAUUUUCCCUUUCUAAACAUACAUUUCUUUCACUUAUGUGGGGUAUUACAGAAAAAUGGAUAAAUUGUUUUGAAUUUGGUGAUGGUUACAUUAUGAUUUUUUAAUUGCAGUUUUAAGUUUGCAUGUUAAUCAUGUUAAUGAAUAUGAUGAAUGUUUCCAAACAUUUAUACUUAAAAUUAAAUUAAGUUUGGAGAAAAAAACUGAAUUGAUUUUUCAAAAUUAUUAUCUACUCUGUCUUCCAAGAUAGGAUUGUAAAAAAAAAAAUAUAAACAUAUAUUUGCUAAGUAUUAUUUCUGCAUGCAUGUUAGAUAUGAGCAGGGUUUGUUCAAGAUUACACUCUGUAUAUCAUUAUAUGUAAAUAAGUGGCUGCAAAAAUCUGUGAUAAUGUGUGAUUAGUAAAGGGUGUGCAAAAAUAGCUGUUGAAAUUUGAUAUUUUUUAAAAGAAUGACAUUACAGUUUCUUUAAUGUUGAGCAACUUUCAAGUAAAUAUAACCAUUGGUCCUAAACUUCAAAAAUGGUUAGAUACAUGUACAUGUAUCUCAGUCCUGUAAUGGUUUGAGUUUGAAAAUGUUUCAGGACUCCAGAGCUUGCACACAAUUCGCCGUUUCGUAAUCUAAUGCAUUCUGGGUAAUAUUUUCAAAAGCGUACACCUAGUGAUUGGCUAACAACGUCCCAAAUAAUUGAAAUUCAACAAAUGAUGUGACGCUUUCAUUUUGGGGUACGAACAAUAAAUUACCCAUAGUCCUUCAGAUUAUGAAACUGAAUUAUGACAAUGUUACUGCUUUUAAGCUAUUUUAUAUUUUUACUUUACAUCUUCAUUGCUUCAUUGUUCAUUUGAUUAUGCAAUAGUUCAUGAUAUUUACCCAAUGUUACGUUAAGAAUUUAGGGGAUGUAAGUUCCUGGCUCACACACAAAUGUUUUGUAAUCAUAAAAAAAAUUACACUUACAAUUGAAAUUGAAACAAAGGACUAGAUUUGUAUUAUUUUUGAUAAAUUAUAUAAUCUUUAAAAAUGUAAAUGAUUGAUCAAUAGGCAUUCAAAUAUCUAAGUGGAAUUACCGCAAGGAGUUAAUUAAAAUAAUAUAUAUGCAUGUAUACAUUAAAUUUUGAAAAAAUCAACCAAAAUUCUCAAAAUUAUGUAAGGCCAAAAUAUGUUUUGAGUCAGUCAGCUGUGGCAAACUACAAAUUGUAAUGUUGGUCCAGCAUUGAUUAAAUUAUACUCAUCAGGCUUAUUGGAAAAUCACUUAGAACUUGUCAGCACUUUAUAUCUCCUCUAAUUUCUGGUAUACAUGUAUUAUGUUUCAUAUUUGCAAUUGCCUUUUUCAUGUUCAUUUUAGUCAAAUACAAAUUUUUGUUCACUCAUACAAUGGUGUCAUUUAUGAAUGAAUAGCGCUUGAUAUUUUAUUGAAA